GAAUAUUGAUUUAUUUUAGAGUCGGAGAGCAGUUCAGAAGAAUAUGGUUUAUAUUGAUGAUCACAGACUUAUGAUGCAGUACCUUUUUCCACUAAAUGAAAUUGUGGUAGAUUUCUAUGACAGCCUGAAAUCUCUUUCUUCAGGAUAUGCCAGUUUUGACUAUGAAGAUGCAGGAUACCAGGUGGCUGACCUGAUUAAGAUGGACAUUUAUCUAAAUGGAAAGUGUGUGGAGGAACUUGCGACCAUUGUGCACAGGGAAAAGGCUUAUUCUACUGGUAAAGCAAUAGCAGAACGUUUAAAAGACACAAUACCUCCGCAACUCUUUGAAAUUGCCAUUCAGGCAGCAAUAGGCAACAAGGUUAUAGCAAGAGAAACUAUUAAAGCAGUAAGGAAGAAUGUAUUGGCAAAAUGUUAUGGUGGGGACAUAACCCGUAAAAUGAAGCUUCUGAAGAGGCAAGCUGAAGGAAAGAGAAGAAUGAGAAAAAUUGGCAAUGUGGAGAUACCAAAAGAUGCUUUUAUAAAUGUACUAAAGAGACAAAAGGACAAGUAGAGUAAAAUGUAAAUAGAGAACCCAGUCCUUUCUGUUUAAACCUGUUUAUUUAUCUCAUUAUUAUCUGAAAUAUGUCAUUGAUGUAGAAAGCUAAAACCAUCAAUCAUUGCACUUCAGAAGGACUAGAAAUUUACAAUGAUAAGGUGUAUAUAAAUGCAAGUACAUCACCAUGUGCUAUACUUAGAACAUUGAAAGCAGCCUCAAUGAUCAUUAUCUAAGGACUCUAACUGGGAGUGAAGUCCUCAUGGAUUAUCCAUGUAUUUGCUUACAGUUCAAACUUUUGAUUUGGCUCAUUACUGGAAACUGCUAAUGUAAAUGGAUCCUGGGUUCUGUGAAUUAUAUUCAUUUAUUCUCCACAAGAUGGAUCAAUACAGUAAAAUUAUGUUGACUGGCUCAAUGUUAAUUACCUGAGGUUUACUUUUGCAAAAAUAUUUAUUUUUCUGUCAAAUGAAUGAAUUUUUAAAGUGAGAUAUAUAGUGUCAAUAAACAAUUCUAAUGUUGCUGCA